AUGUGUCGCCUUUACAAAUAUUUAUAUUUUAAUAUUUAUAUUUUUAACAUCUGUUGGCAUGUUGGCUUUUGUGCGCUGCUAUAUCCAACAAAUUCAGAAUAUGGUAUUUUUAUGGCCAUAUCGGUGCCCAUCGACUUGCCACACCGCAACGUAUUUAUUUCAUACAAUUACGAAUUUAAUUACUACCAACCUGAACACGUCUACAAAUAUCCCCCUAUUUUGAUGGGUGAUUUCCAGGACAGUUAUUUAACAUACGAUACAAUCACGCCCCGAAAUUGUGAAAAUUGCAAACAGAGCGCGCGCCCUGUUGCAAAUCAGAAUAGUACAACGGAAGAGGCUCACAAAUCAGGAAGGAACGAAACAAAGGAGGCGGCACGUGAGAAACGUGCGGUCUCCCUCAUAAGUCGCACCUCCUUCUAUGCCGUUUUAAAGGAUAAACUCGAAAGAUCAGGGUACCCGGGUGAGGCAUGUCUGCUGCGCACGAUCUGUGAAACGAAUGCAUCGUUAUUGGGAGACAUAAAUGGCUUUUUGGGUAAUUUAGUCCACAUCAUAUUUUCGCCUAGCAGUUCGCGGGACGAGAAUCUGCCGAAUGAAUACUACAAUGCCGAGAUAGAUGGGAGGAACAAUGAGUGUGAGUCGUAUAAGAGAAACUGUACAGAGAACAUUCUGGACUUCAUAUCAACGCCGCUGGAGCAAAUUCUUAACGACAUUUCGAGCCGAAGACUGUAA